CGCCCGCUAGCCCGCCAGCCCGAGCGAGCGGCCCGGGGCGCCGGGCGCCGCCAGCCUGGCCGCCAUGUGCUCCCAGCUCUGGUUCCUGACGGACCGGCGCAUCCGCGAGGACUACCCGCAGGUGCAGAUCCUGCGCGCCCUCCGGCAGCGCUGCUCCGAGCAGGACGUGCGCUUCCGGGCGGUGCUCAUGGACCAGAUCGCAGUCACCGUCGUCGGCGGCCACCUCGGCCUGCAGCUGAACCAGAAGGCACUCACCACCUUCCCCGACGUGGUGCUCGUCCGGGUGCCCACGCCCUCAGUGCAGUCGGACAGCGACAUCACGGUCUUGCGGCACCUGGAGAAGUUAGGCUGCCGCUUGGUCAACCGCCCACAGAGCAUUUUAAACUGCAUCAAUAAAUUCUGGACAUUCCAAGAGCUGGCUGGACAUGGGGUCCCCAUGCCAGACACCUUCUCCUAUGGUGGGCAUGAAGACUUUUCCAAAAUGAUUGAUGAAGCUGAGCCGCUGGGCUACCCGGUUGUGGUGAAGAGCACGCGAGGACACCAGGGAAAAGCUGUUUUUCUUGCAAGAGAUAAACAUCACCUCUCAGACAUCUGCCAUCUGAUCCGCCAUGAUGUGCCCUACCUGUUCCAGAAGUAUGUGAAGGAGUCACAUGGAAAAGAUAUCCGGGUGGUGGUGGUAGGGGGCCAGGUGAUAGGCUCUAUGCUUCGCUGCUCCACAGAUGGACGGAUGCAGAGCAACUGCUCUCUCGGUGGCGUGGGGGUGAUGUGCCCGCUGACAGAACAAGGCAAGCAGUUGGCUAUUCAGGUGUCCAACAUCCUGGGCAUGGACUUCUGUGGCAUUGAUCUCCUCAUCAUGGAUGAUGGCUCUUUUGUGGUGUGUGAGGCAAACGCCAACGUCGGUUUCCUAGCCUUCGACCAGGCGUGCAACUUAGAUGUGGGUGGGAUCAUCGCGGACUACACCAUGUCCUUGCUGCCAAACAGGCAGACUGGGAAGAUGGCCGUCCUCCCAGGACUGUCCAGUCCCAGGGAGAAGAAAGAGCCAGAUGGCUGCGCUUCAGCUCAGGGAGUUGCAGAAAGCGUCUACACCAUCAACAGUGGGUCUACCUCUAGUGAGAGUGAGCCUGAACUGGGAGACAUCCGAGAUUCCUCAGCAAGCACAACGGGGGCCCCGCCCCCCAUGCUGCCUGAACCUGGCUACAACAUUAACAACAGGAUUGCUUCGGAAUUAAAACUUAAGUGAAUUCCUACCUUUUGGCAGCAUUUAAACCAAGUCCCGCUGCUUCCUUAGUAGUUUUGAAUGAAUAAAAUCUGGACUAAUGUGAUUUCAUUUGCACAGAAACUAGAAAUCCCAUCUGGGCACUCAGCAUUCUUUCUAAGGAUGAUUUAAGCAAAUGGCCUAGCUUUGUGGUUUUUAUGAUGACUAAUAUAAAAACACCCACCAAGAACAACAUCCCGACUGAUCGGAUUCGGGACCGAUGUCUGCUGCGAGCACUUGGAUGUUAUGGCUGACUUUAAGGCACUGACUCUGUGCUGCUGCUUCUGGCUUCUAGUGGUAGAGCCCACUCGCUCAGAACGGCUCCUGGAAAUACUACAUUCAAAAGCAACCCCUAGAUGGGAACGUGUGCAGAAGAGGUGGAAUGUGACUGUAGUUAUGUGCUCUUCGUUGUGUGUAUGUGCGAUGCUUAGAGAAUACUCAUGAGAGGAUCAAUCUCUGCUCCCAUCAAUCGCCAUCUUGACCAUAUUUCUCUGACACUCAGGAUAUGGUGUUUUAGGGAGCUUUCUCAUUAGCACUUUCAAUGAAGCACUUUGUAGCAAGUAAGAUCAAACGUUCUUUGACUUCACUGGUCGGCCCAUGUCCUGCUCGGUACCUGGGGCUCUCUCCAGACUGCUUUGCCACUCGGAAUCUGCAGACCCUGCUCUGACUCAAGCCAGCCCCAGCAGCUUUGCGCACCUUUGCUGCCUUUGGCCUCAGCUGGAAAUGCUCUUCAGUGAGCUGGUGGCCACACACUUUCUUUCUUACGUGUGCACUAGAAUCGAACACCAUGGACUUUCUUUUCAAUGGACUCUGUUCAGAUGUCAUCCAGAAGCCAGUGGGUUUUUGUCAUGGAAAGCUACUGGGAGAUAAUCAUUUCCUCUUCCUCUGCUGAAACUUUGUGGACUGCUUAGCUCUAGGAGGUUUUCGUGUAUGAGAUGGUGUUGUGGGCCUGUUAGGUAGGUAGAGCCAUUGGAAACACACUCCAACCCCCUUGACAUUCUAAUCUUAUCCAGGUUCCAGAGACCUGUUCUUACCCACUUUUCCAAACCUAGGAGACUCAGGCAUCAGGAAUACUCAUUGCACAUGUGGGAGGAAGUUGGAUAAUGUAGACAUGCCACCAAGUGCUUUUCAUUUUAACUCUUCAAGCAGUAGAUAAUGAUCCUUCCCUUGGGAGAAAUCAUGGAGAUGGAGUGUUCCAUUUCUGCUUACAUGAAGUAUGACUGAAAUGAGCAAGGCUACCUUUUUAACCAAAUACACUAAAACAUAUGCACUCAAGAGUUACCAUAAUUGGAGUUAUUUCCUUGGGAUACCAUACUCUUGAGCUAUGAUGUUGCAUGUGCCAGCAACACAUAGAAUUCCUCUUUGGAGUCAUCUUUGAAGCCAUGCAAGGAAAGAGGCCUCACAACCUUAUAGUCAGACCCUGUUUUUGACACCGCCCCUUCCCUGAGGUAGUCUGAAGCUCUGUCACGCAUCAUAUUUAUUGGACUUAUCUUCUGAUGCUCUUUGGCUGUUAAAAAAAUCGUUCCUCAAAAAAUACAUCUACCCUUAAAGGACAAAGACCAAGAUUAAGGAAGCUUACAAGUGGACAGUUUCCAAGGAAGGUUCUGGAAAUGUUCUAAGGUCAGCUUCACUGGACUAAACAUACAUCUUCCCAAGGUGACUACUUGGAAGGCAACAACACCCAUUUGGGUGUAUAAAUUCCUGCACUUAUUCUGCUGUAAAUGUAAAAUGUGUAUAAAGUCAGACUAUUACAUUUUUUCACAAAAUGGCUUUUAAAAUAUUGUGGCUAAGAUCAGAUCUCACCAAGUAACAGUUAUACAGUUGGAAAAUGUUCUGCACCAUGUCAUGGAGAUGUCACACUGUACAGAUGUAGUUUAAAUGCAGUCCAACAUAGGGUGCAUGCCACUAAACUGUAACUCUAGUAAUGUAUCUUGUACAGUUGAAAAAGAUAAUACUUCACCUUUAUACAGGUUAAGACAUGUACCUUGUCUUUACCACUCAGGGUGGGUUUAGAAGGAGGAUGUUCUGGGUCUGUUCUUGCUAGAAUUGGCUAGAUGCUUUAUGUAAACAUCUGAAUCAAGUGAUGACCUUCUGGAAGCUGCAUUUACUCAUCCCCACUGUUUAGUGUAAGCCCAUUCUGCCCACUCUGUCUGCCAGUGGGCCCCAUCCUGAGCAGAGCAGCUAGAGUGCUUCCAAAUUUGUCAAAAGGGGCCCAUUUUCCAGCUGCUAGUGACAUCUGUGGUCAUUGGCAUCAUCACUUGGAACUGAGCCCUGUCUAGAAGCAGAGAAAGCUGGAUCCCUGCUGCGUCGUAGCCCCUCUCCAGGAUUUCCCAUACUGGCUGUGGACCCUGUGAGCCUCAGCCAGGGGACUCUGCCACACUGGCACAGCUGCCCACAAGGCCUGCUUGAAGCAACAGAGCCAGAUCCUGGUCCUGGCUUUCCCCUUCAACAGCUGAUUGAACUUGUACAAUCAGGCAGACUCGGCCUUCAUUUCUCCAUUCUUCAGAUAAGGGAGAUGCCUAUUCUCUUUACCUCUUGGGGGUGCUCUGAGGUUGAAGUGAGUUAAUUAAUGAGACUGUAUUAUGUGGGAGGUGGUGGAAGAACAAUUCCCAUACCUGGUUUUAUAACAGUUUCUCAUCACCCCUUCUCUGAGGAAGUUAAGACAGAGGCCGUGAAGUCUUGACAUUAGUAUAGUAACAGUGGUAGGGACCCUGAAAAGGAUGCAGCUUCUCAGAGGACUCAUGACCUGAAAGGAGUAAGGCUCUUAGUGUAUUCAAACAGCUUUCUGGAUGUAUCAUAUAUAAUCUGAAACUCUUGACUCUCAUAUAGCAAUUAACAGUCUUCCUUAUGUAACAUAAAUUGCAGUGUCUCUAUAUGGUCUUCCGUUAUCUGGUAGUAGCAUCUUGAAACUGGUCAAAACUUGAAUGCCAAUAGUUCAGUCACUCAGAAUAUAUAUGAUUCUGCACUUGGGAAAAAUGUUUUCACACUAUCUGUCUGCUGAUGGGUAAGGGGUUGCCAGAAUGUGGAUUUGUAAGUGGAUGACAAGCUAUUAGUAUCAUAAUUGCAGGCUCACUGCUUCCAGCUAAGAGGGGAUUCCAUGACAGUUGGGGAUAGGGUGAGGAGGAAAGGGAAGGAGAAAGGUCUGGGAUAGUUUUGCAACGUUUUAGUUGAAGAAAUAAGAAACUGGGGUCAUCUGGAAUUCUAGUGGGAAGGAGGAAGAAAUGGCUCUGCUGUGAGUUGUUUUAAUGGAAAAAUCAUGAAUAUGUAUUGAUUAGAGGUAGGGGUCUUUGAAACUAUUCUGUAUAAAGAUAAUGAGAUGGCAUGGAUUCCCAUCCACCUCGGCGGAAGUGAAAGAGACACCCCUUCUUUAAGUCCUAAUGAAUGCUGAUCUUGACAACACUCUGAACAUAAAUCAGGAGGAGAUUCAAGCAGUAGCUAGGGGUUCCAGGAUCACCCAAGUAACAGCUGGCCCUCCCGGAAGUUAAUGGACCAGAAUACUACAUGAGGGCAAGCCUAGGGCCACAGAUCUCUGAGGUGGGUUUAAGGAACCAUGUCGGAAAGUGAACCCCAAGUCAGUAAAACAGGGCAUUUCAGCUUAACACAUGCCUUUGCACCUGGAAAUGAGGCUUCUGUUUGCUGUCAGUCUAUGCAGAUAUUUUGGGAAGAGCCCUGACAACAGCCAUCUUGGUCACUGCCCUUGAAGGUAGUGUUCUUAGAUCUGGUGCUGUGGCCUAAUAGAAAACCUGGUGCUGUUUUUGAUGGGUUCUGUGACUCAAGAUGGGAUCGUGGCUUUCAAAUGUUUUUACACCUAUCUCAGGAAUAUAUUGUUUUAAUCCUUUCUUAAACCUGUAUUAUGCUUCCAUUCCAAGUCUAUGGCUAGACUCUGCAGCCCUCCUUCUAAAAUUCACACAGCUAAGUACGAAAUGUUCCUUGAAGCCUCUCAAUUUUCUUGUCCAGGUGUGGUUCCCGUGCCAGCAUGUGGCCAUGUCCUGGGCCCUGUGCUGGCGUCCCGACCUGUGUGGUAGGCUCGCCCUGCCAUUUUAUGUUCACUGAGGCUGCGAGGCAACACUGAGAACCACCUUCAGAGCCAAAGCUGAGGCCACAGGAAUCACAGCACUUUGGAGACCAGUUCACUCCUCUGUUUUAUAGCUGGGGCAUCUGAAUCCCAGAGGCCAAGGUCACUUAGCUAGUCAGCAGCAGGGCUGGGACCCAGGCAGUCUGAUUCUCCAUCCAGUUUAGCAUACCGUCAGAGCUGGCUCUGUUCUUCCGCGGCAUCCUGCACUGGCUGCCAUCCUGGACCCGCCCUCUGCCCGUUUCCCUUCUGCUGAGCCUCUGCUCUGGAUCAACAGGGUGUUGGUGUUGGAUUCAGCUCUUGGAUGGCUUUUAGGUGAGAGCUCCAAAGGCAAAUGUGAGACUUCCGUGGUGCAAGCUCGCUCAUGGCCUGGGCCUUCUUUAGACCAUUUAGCCCCACCUCAUACCAUCAGUGAUGGGAUAUGGGAGAAGGCACCUGCCAAGAUGACUGAAGGCUCCGUUGGCCCCAGUUUGGCUGAUGUUCCCUCACUGUGGAAUGUCUUGGAUUUGUGGAGGCCUUUGUGGGCCUCCGCAGAGGCCAAGGGCUUGAUGGCACACCUGAGUGGGGAUCCUGACUGAUAGACCUGUUUCAGUUGCAGUCAGCUACAAAGGCAAAAGUCCCCUCCCACAUGCAGUUCCACAGUGCAUCCCCCUUGCAGCCAGCCACUAGGUGCAGAUUCCUUCCUGUUGUGGCCCAGAUGUCAGCUGAGGACCCGCCGCCCCUUUAGAUCCAGGGAAGUCUGAUAACUGGACCUUUGGAUCUCUGUCAUUUCUAAGGGACUUAUAUUUUGGCAGUCACUGCUGACUCCAGACUUCUGCAAACUCUUUUUAAGCAACAGUGUGUCCCAUCCCUGCACUGCAUCAGCAGAGACAGGCCCAGUUCCCUCCCCAGUUCCACACAAACCACGAUUCACGUGGGUCAGUGUGUGUGUGU